UGCAGUCUGCUUAUACUCAACCCACGCAGUUUGCUUUUGAGGAAAAUAGGACAAGGGGAGGGGAUUACUGACAUUGGUAGGAUAUUCAACAGAGCUUCAGCAUACCUAAUAUCAAUCUGGACGCAGUAAGGAGAACUGUGGUGCUGCGAGAUAACAAAAUAACUGCAAGAAUAGCCUAUAGUUUAAAAGGUAGGCUUCCUUUGAAUCGAUUCAAUUGUGUAUCAUGAGGUGAUAUCAUUUUUUGUGAAGUGUUAGAAUAAGGCUUGUGAGAGAGUUUACAAGUGUUCAAUUUUGUUCUUUUGCAGGAUAGUGCUGACUUUUGGAUUAUACAGUAAUUUUACCUCAAGCCAACUAAAAAGAAAACUUUAACAGAGUGAGCUGGCAGCACAAUUGCGCAGGGAAACUGCACCACCAUUCAGCGGAUAGCGGUCCACAAUCUGCUUUGUGAUGUGACAGCUGGGUGCGCCAAAGUGGCGCUUUUGGGCACGAUGGAGGAUAUUUUGCUAGAGCAGAAUAGUUGGGCGCAAAAUGUUUCCUGGAGCAACUCAAGUCAUGGAAAUGACAGCCAUUUAGGAAACACCACAGUGAAUCCUUUGAAACGCAAUGAAGAAGUGGCCAAAGUGGAAGUUACCGUCCUGGUCCUGGUGCUGCUGCUCGCUCUGACCGGCAACUUGUGCGUCCUGUGGGCCAUCUACACCACCAAGAACAGCAAGUCUCGGAUGUAUUACUUCAUGAAGCACCUGAGCAUCGCAGACCUUGUCGUUGCAAUCUUUCAGGUCUUACCGCAACUCAUUUGGGAUAUUACAUUUCGCUUCUAUGGGUCAGAUUUGCUGUGCAGGCUGGUCAAAUACCUCCAGGUCGUGGGUAUGUUUGCAUCUACCUACAUGCUUGUCCUGAUGUCCAUCGACAGGUGCUUAGCAAUCUGCCAGCCACUUCGUUCCGUGCGCAAGAGAAAGGAUCACUUCUGUGUGACGGCCUCUUGGGUGCUCAGCCUGAUUUUCAGCACUCCUCAAGCGUACAUAUUUUCUUUGAGGGAAGUCGGGAACGGUGUGUAUGACUGCUGGGGUGACUUUAUACAGCCAUGGGGUGCCAAAGCAUACAUCACAUGGAUGAGUCUCAGCAUUUACAUUUUUCCAGUUGCAAUUCUAACCAUCUGCUAUGGUUUGAUAUGUUUUAAAAUAUGGGAGAAUUUCAAUUUAAAAACCAGAAGGGAGCACUUCCUGGCUCUCACUGCAAGGCCCUCCAAAGGCGCUCGUCCCCUCGGUCGUGUGAGCAGCGUGAGGCUCAUUUCAAAAGCAAAGAUUCGCACAGUGAAAAUGACAUUUGUAGUGGUCCUUGCCUACAUUGUAUGCUGGACUCCCUUCUUCUUUGUCCAGAUGUGGUCUGCAUGGGAUCCUGCAGCACCAAGAGAAGAAAUGGCCUUCAUCAUCGCCAUGCUGCUGGCCAGUCUCAACAGCUGCUGUAACCCCUGGAUCUACAUGUUCUUUGCUGGGCACCUGUUCCAUGACCUGAUGCAGUGCUUCUUCUGCUGCUGUAGACAGUACCUGAACACUUCCUCCUGUAGCAGUGAUCGACAGUGCAGGCACAAGAGCAGCUCCUCCACUUGCGUUAUCAAGAACACCAGCAGCAGGAGCUUCACACUCACAUACAGCACGGGGGGGCAGGACACUGAAGAGCCAGCUCAAAGCCAUCCAGGCUUCCUGUAGUCAAGCAAUCCAACAAUCAUGCAUGUCCCCUAUGGCCUUAAGGCAUUUAACCAUCUGCAGCGUAACUGCUGCAAAUUGAGCUAAAUAGCCAGUGUAAACCUCCUGCAUAAAAUACCCUCCUCCAAGUUGUUUGGAUGCUUCUGUAAUUUAGUCUUGAAUAUUUGGGUUUUACAGUUCUUACAGUUGCCAUGAUUUUAUCUAAAAUCACAUCCUUAUCGCAAAAUAAUUAUAUAAAUGUUGCACAAGAACAUUCUUUCUUCAAAUCAGGAAAUUCUUUUCUAUAUAUUUGGACAUUAAUUCAAUUGCUGGAAGGAUUGUUUACUCCUUUACAGCCGCAUUACUUUGUGUACCAGCAUUUUAUAAUUAUAUUAUUAUAUUAUAUAGGUGGUUAAAU